GAUGCUAGGCUGGGUGAAGAUCCAGAGGCACUUUUGAGCGACACCUGCCGAAGUAUGCUGUCUGAAACGCUGCCAUGCUAAGAGGCCCACAGCCCCCACGGUGCAACACCCCUGCUAUUACGUUAAAGGCAACAGGCGCGGCUUAUUGUAACCAGAGGUCGCAGUGGCUGACGGCGAGGCAGCUCCAGUCCGCCCGGUGAGUCAUCUGCCUCACAAGGACGUCUCCAAGAGAACACUACGAGGACUUGCGGUUUACUCUUUGGCUGGAUGAAUCAGUUCUCUGACCCCACCUGGUGGCCACAUAGAGCAACAGCAGCCGGAACUUGCCAGGAGAACGUCAACGUGUACGGCUGGGUGGACGUGUACGUGCGGCCUACGUCACACCAAUACCCGGAUGCAACGACCACAAACAUGGACCGCCUGUCGCUGGAGGGAGCCAUUCAUGGUCAUUCCCUUGCUGGCCAUGCCACAACCCCGAGAAAGCGCCAGGUCCGUUUUUCCGCCCGCCAUGACAUCGUCCUGUUGAGGGAGGUUAUCGCCCAGAACCCCUUUGCCUCCAAAGAACCAGGGAAGGUGUGGGCCCGUGUUGGGGAGCUGAUGACAGAGGGCCUCCGCGAGGAAAGCUUUGAGGUGGACGCUCGCCGGUGUCGCGAGAGGACCACGCUGCUGCUGGAUUACUACAAGAAGCAAGACUUCCCCGGUUUACGCAGGUUUGGGAGCGAGGCCUUAUACGCAGAAAAGGAGGAUCUGCUACAUGAGGUGUUGGAGCUGGAGGCUGAGAAGGGCGUGGCUGCCGGCGGAGACUUCAUUCAAUAUCAAGGUGACGAGUUGAGAAAGCGAGCCAUAGAGGAGCUUAGUAUCCCAGAACAGGACAAACCUCAGCUACCGAUCAUACAACUAAGUCCAGGAGGUGAACCUGAAGAAGAUCACGCUGAAAUGACCGAGCUCACGACGGCGCCCACGUCCAAACGCGCGUGCCAGUGCUGCUGCCAGACCUACUCGGAGAUUCUCAGCUUCCUGGAGAAACGCUACCAGGCGGAGCAGCGGCUGCGGGAGGAGGAACUCGCCCUCUGCCGGGAGGAGCUUGAGAUCCAGAGGUGUAAGAUCACCUUGGAAAGGGAGCGUCUGGAAGCGGAAAGAAAGGAACGGGAAGGAAGAUUUGAGCUGGAGAGCCAAGAGAGGCAGGUCAUCUUGGACUUGCUCAAAGAGAAGGUGCUCAAAAGUUGAACCUGAGAAAUGCUCGAGUUACACACAGUAAAACACAACAAUGGUACUGUAUCUAACAAAAAGAGUCCUUCAAGGUGAUUGAAUCAAAACACUCAUUUAUGACAUGAAAUGGAAUGCAGAAAGGGUUUGGCGCAGUGAUUUUAGGGUGUGGCGAUCCUUGCUGCAAAAUCGUACCGAUUCUACCACUGUCAAGUAAUCCAUUAGCUGUGACCUUAAGUUGCACUGAAACCGAUAAACAAGCGGUGAGGUUUAAUUACGCUUGGUUAUGGAAACACUGCUUAAUAACAGUGAAGACGCAGUAGCAUUAAUCAAGCUUUAGUCUGCCGUUUAGAGUUUAUUUGGGGUAUUUUACUGUCAGUGAUACAUUUAAGAAGCACCUUAGCAUAUUGAAAAUGUUCAUUAAUGUGCAUAAUUUAUUUUAGAGAAGUGAUUUGGAUAGUUUGACUGGAACAGGACUUGAAAGGAUGAUGUAAUGCUCUUGUUUUUGUCAUUUUUAUCUGGAACAUCAGUCAUCAUAAACACUGCUUAAACUUGGGACAUAUGUUAUAAAAUUACUGUUAUUUACUUUUAUUUGGAAACCAAGAAAAAUGACUUCCUGUUGGAGAUUAACUAAAAUCACAAAAUUCAAAUGGUAAAUUUUUGAGCCAUUCACCAUUUUAAUAGUUAAGUUCACUUUUAAAAGUGUGAUUAAAAAAAUAUAUAACACAACAUUGUUGUUUAUCCUGAGUCAUUAUUACAAAUAUGUCGAUGCAUUUUUUAUCAAAAAUGGAAUAUCCCUUAUUCAAAGUAGCAAGGGCCAAGGCCAAACUGAUCUGGAAGUACAGUAUGUAUGAAAGUUUAGCAGUUUUGCAAUUUUUUUCUAAUGUCCCCAAUAGGGGCUCUGUAAUUAAUUAAUAGGUUGUAUGUUUUUGAAACAGAGUGAAAGUGUCUGUUGAGGUUCACACCAGCACUAGUUUCUUUACAUCUAAUGCUAUUUG